GGGCCAGAGCAGAAUGACCUCUCUCUUCCCUCCAGUUACCACUGUGGUGCUGCUGUAUCUCCUGCUACACUCCACCGAUGGGACAUGUACCUCGGACACACUGAGCUGUGGCUCCCAGGGCCUCACCAGACUUCCCCUCCUCCUGCAUCACACCACUGCCACCUUGGACCUCAGCUACAACCGGCUGGGCUGGAUAUGCCCAGGCAGCUUCUCCAGCCUGCCCAGACUGGACACUGGCCAAUAAUCAGCUCUGGACCUGUCCUCCAACAGGCUGCAGGUGAUGGAGCAGCACUGCCUGCAGGGUUUGUGGAGGCUGGAGGAGCUGCUGCUUUAAAACAACCGUAUCACCCACGUGGAGGGUGGGACGCUGAGUGGUCUGAACAGCCUCAGGAAGGUUUACUUCAGCCUCAACCAAAUUACAGAAUUCCCUUUCUUUUCCAUACAGGACCACAGUCAUCCGUUUCUCACUAUGCUAGACCUAUCCUCCAACCGUCUGAACACGCUACCCUGGGAGGAUGUGAAGGCACUACCGGUGUCAGUGCAGAAGGGACUGUACCUCCAUAACAACUCACUGGUUUGUGAGUGCUCCAUGUAUGGUGUGUUCUGGCACUGGGAGCAGAGGGGCUUUGACUCAGUCCGGGAGUUUACAGAAGAGAACACCUGUCUGAUCUAUGGCGAGCCCCGCGCCUCAGUACAGAUCCUCCAGCACUCCCGCUACUUCCAGAACUGUACGGUGGGGAAGGUGGUCUCACUGCCUGUGGCUGUUCUCAUCUCCAACCUCAUGGUGUACGAGGGGGAGAGGGUCCAACUUGACUGCCAAACCUCCCUUCGAGGUAAAGAGCUGUCAUACAUGUGGGUCUCACCAAAUCAUGAGCACCUGACCUGGACAAGCUUCAAUGACACCCUCAUCAACGUGUUCCCUAACGGGACUUUGGAGAUCCCAGCAGCCAGGGUGAAUGACACGGGAGUCUAUGUAUGCACGACCCGGGACAACAAACACAUGCUGAAUGCAACUAGGGAGGUGAAUGUCACCGUGGUCAGUACCAUGCCUUACUCCUUCAGCACAGGCUACACCACCUUGCUGGGCUGUGUGGUCUCCCUGGUUGUCAUACUCAUGUACCUCUACCUGACACCCUGCCGGUGUGGGUGCUGUAAGCAGCCCCAGGCCAUCCCCAUCCCGGCCUACAACCCGGGUACCCUGGCCUCCAUCUUCUCCCCCACACUGAGCAACAAGCACGUGGUGUUCAUGGAGCCCAUGCUGGAGGAUCAGAACAGGGGCCUGAGGGUGGCUCUUGCCACGGAGCAGUCCACACUGCAGUGGGAGACCAGCGGACUCACCUAGUUAAACUAUGAGAAUCUACCGCUGACAAAUAGCACUUUGACAAUUGAGCCCCUAACUGACAACAUACAUGUAACAGGUGGUUCUAAUGGAAGACUGUAAUUACAUCCUCGUUCCCCUCCUCUUCAUCUCGUGGAAGGCUUCAUCUAACUGGACUAUCCUUGGGACUAAUCGCUGAGCCAUGAAGAGAGUGAAAGAGAGCUCCUCACGGGACUGUACAAGGGUUCUUACCAAUGUUCCUCCUGUUUCCUCUCCUCUUUGUCUCAUUGAAGAUCAGGUGUUGAGUUUUGCUGGAUUAGACUGUAUAAUAUUUCCCAUGCUAUUGAGGAGGGUUGGGAGCAAAGUUGAUUGAACUUGGGACACUAAAGAGUCUGGAGUAUGAAGUUGUGGCACUGGUGACAUUUUUGGGACACUAAAGAGUCUGGAGUAUGAAGUUGUGGCACUGGUGACAUUUUUAUCUGCUCUCAGUUAAUACAGUAAAUUCUCCUAUUCUCAAGAACAUGAACUCCCCUUCUGUGUGGACUCAUUCUACUCCCUUCACAAAUGUAAACGUGUAAGAAUGGGCAGAUUGCAGACAGAUUUCCACUAACAUUCGACAAUUAAUUUAAAUCCAUAAAUGGGAGUGUUUGAGUGGACACGUGUGUGUGAAAGGGGUGGAACAAAAUUGGGCAACAGUGAAGAGGAUCCCUAUUGGGAGAUAUAUUUUGGACUUGGCCAACUUCCAUGAAAGCUGUUAGAGCAAUAGAGUGUGUUUGGAAUUAAAAUGAUUUUCAUGGGAUUAUAGUUAAGUGUGAUUACAGGUAGAUGUCAAUGUAUCUAAAACAAAUGGUAAAUGUAAAUGGUUUUAUAUCAAGGGAAAUUAAGUAGAUUACAGCUAGAAGAUAGUUGGAUAAAGUGCAUUAUAUUUUGUUGUUUCAUUAGCCUUAUUAAUUCUGUACAGUUAAUGUAACCACAUUGAUAUAAAACAUUUAGGUACUCUAUACAAACUCCUGAUCCUGAUUUAUUAAUA